CGUCACUUCCUUAUAUUGUGCGUCAUGAAAAAUUUCCGAGUUGCUAUUUAAGUAACGCGUCUUUCGUGGUCACGACUGAGGGAAAAAUAUGGCUCAUGUAUUUAAAGCUGCAAAGAUUACUACUUGUCUUCUGAGAAUCUCGUGUUGUCAUCUUUCGGCAAGAAUUCCAUCAUUGGGAUACUGCAACAACAACUGUGAUGACACCAGAAAAGACUUGAUUGACAUUUCCAUUCCAUCAUGGAAGCCUAGGCUCAAAGAAAAAUUAGAAACAAAGCGAGCCCGGCUAUUAUAUGAGAGUCGAAAGAGGGGCAUGCUGGAAAACUGCAUAUUACUUAGUCUGUUUGCAAAGGAGCAUUUGAGCAACAUGAGUGAGAGUCAGCUGUGUUUGUAUGACCAGCUCAUCAAUGAACCUUCUAAUGACUGGGACAUCUAUUACUGGGCUACUGGAGCCCAACCAACACCAGGGGUAUAUUGCAAUGAAGUGAUGGACCAAUUGAAAGAAUAUGCUAAGAAUCACAAUAGAGAGCAAAGACUAAGGCAACCUGAUCUAGAAUACCUGUUUGAGAACAAGCAGUAAGAACACUGAGCAAAUGCUAAGAAGAAAUGUAUGCAUCGGAGUAUGUAUUUGUAUACUGUCUAGGCUAUACAUUUUUAAAGUAGAAAAUUCUUGAGUUUGGAUAUAAAACUUUUAUUACAUUAUAAAGCAAGCUAAUCAGAAUUAAUGAUACUCCUAACAAACAUUUCAUUGUUGACUAUUUUCUGUCUUUGUUGAGCAUUUUGUUUACUUGAGCAGACUGAUGUUUUGUGAUUCCCAGUAAUUGAUAUAGUAGUUUUACAUUAGUAAAUUUUAUAAGGAACUAUAUAUGUAGUACCUUGGAAAAAUAUUUUUUAAGAGAAUAAAUACAGGUCUUUAUCAUGAUGUUAAUUUAGUAAAGCAUGACAUUUUUUAUUAGAAAUGCAAAGAUCUUAGGACAACAAAAAAGUAAAUGUGAUUAAGAAAAGCCUUUGGCUAUCAGCUCAUAUUUUUUACACAUCACUUUAAUGCUAAAUACACUGGGAGCAUGCACAAAGCAUUCAAGUAUUUUAAAAGAAUUGUCUUUUCUUUUUUCUUUAUGCAUUCUUUCAUUAUUUAUUAUUUAUAGUAGAGAUAUUCAAGUUUGAUCCAGAAGAAUCGCUGUCAUUGUAGGUUUAUUUUCAGCAAAUUAAUUAGGAGACUUACAAAAUGAACCUUUAUACUUAAUUAAAUUCAGUUUCUUAAAGUGCAUUUUUCUUAAUUGUUAAAAAACUGCAUUAACAGUUUUUGUCUUCUUUUGUUAACCAGAUGGCAAUUAACAUUGCAACACAAAUUACAAUAAAAACAAAAGUUGCUAGCUAA